AUGCAGAGAAGGCAGGGAAGAGUCAAUGCUGGACUGUUUUUGUUGCUCUAUCAGAUUUUGAAUCCUGUGAGGCCACUGUCUGAAGUGUGCAUCAGUGUACAUGAAGGCUUCUACAGACAGAACUGGCAACGUUUACUGCUUUCUCCUGUCCACCAUGCAGAUGACUGGCAUUUAUAUUAUAACAUGAUUUCCAUGCUAUGGAAGGGGAUGAUGCUGGAAAAAAAGCUUAAGAGCAUAUGGUUUGCAUACAUAAUUGCAGUAUUUUCAGUGUUGAUUGGAAUUGUUUAUAUGGUGCUGGAAUUCAUGCUUGUGAAAAUUCUGGAUGAUCCUUCAUAUGAAAUGAAUUGUGCUGUAGGUUUUUCAGGAGUCCUGUUUGCUUUGAAAGUUCUUAACAACCAUUACAAUCCAGGAAGAGUUAGCAGUGUCCUUGGAUUGCAGAUAGCCAGUAAAUAUGCUUGUUGGGUGGAGCUGGUGGCUAUUCAUCUGAUCUCCCCAGGGACUUCCUUUGCUGGGCAUCUGUCAGGGAUUCUUGUUGGAUUGAUGUACACUAUGGGACCUCUGAAAAAGAUCAUGAAAGUCUGUGCAGGUGGCUUUUCUUCAUUCACUGACCCUGCCAGGCCAAGGGACUACUAUUCAGAGUAUUAUGACUAUUCAGGUUAUGAAUACAGAUCACCGAGGAGCUAUUAUGAUUAUACAGGUGGACUUUCUGAAGAAGAACAGCUUGAAAGGGCAGUGCUAAACAGUCUGAAUGAAAGAGGUUUCCGUGGAACACGUUACCAUAAUGAGCGGCGACCUUACGGUUUUUGGUUUCCACAUGAUUCAGAGGAGGAAAUAAGAAGGCAAAGGCUUCGUAGGUUUGAGACAUGA